AUGUAAUUUAUACUUGGUAUAUUGUGUUGAAUUAUUGACCAACACAAUAAAAGAAUGUGUCGACUAAUUAAAUAAAGGAAAUUUUAUUUUAUUACUUAAAAAUCACAAAAAAAAAAAUGAAUAAAUAAAAAAUCGAAUACAAGUAUGAAUUGUGCUAAAGUUUAAUCGUGUUUUUCUUAGGAAAUGUUGAUACCUUCAAAUUAAAAUUUUAAAAAAUAAUUAGAAAUAGAUUUAUCACCUGGAAAAUGACCUAAAAGUUAGUUGGGAGGUUAGUUUUCUUUCAACCUUUGCCUCUCUAAGAAGAGAAACCCUUUUGAAGUAUUCUCAAUUCUCAUAUAAUGAUUCACCAUUAUUCCAAUCCUCUUCUUCCACCCCACUACUUUUAUUUAUUUUCUCUCUCCUCAACCAAUUAAGUUUACCAAAAAUGUUUUAAAGUUUGAUGGAGCAGUUGAACCUUCCUCAUUUUUCUUUCUUGUAUACUUUACCAUAAAAGAAUUAUUAUUAUUAUUCAUCACUUGUUCUUCAAUCUUUUCCACAAUUUCAAAAAAACCAACUUUAACAAUUAACACACUUAUUUCUUUUGACUUCAUGUUAAAACAAUCUUUACAAUUUCACCCCCCUUUUUAAGCCAUUUAAUUUGACCUCUUUCAAAAAAAAAAAAAAAAGCUUACACAAACAAAACAAUGAUGGCAGUGAACAUGAUAACAGGCGGGGAUUCGAGCAGCGCUUGCUCGAGCCCCCGGAUAUCGUUUUCUCACGACUUAUCGGAAACAAAUUUAACCCAAACCCAACAAGAAAUUGAUGUUGCUAGACUAGAUAUGUCACUCUUAUCAGCAAACCAAAACUCUGAAGAUUUCGACUUCUGUGUUACAGCAGCUUUUUCUGAGACUGAUAAUUCUCCUGCUGAUGAACUGUUUUUUAAUGGUGUGAUCAUCCCUAUUCAGAUGAAAGAAAAACUCAACUCUAUCAACAAAGACGAGGAGAUAACCUCGACGACAACUGCAACUUUGGUACGCCAAGAAAAGACUCAAUCAAAGUCUUUUUGGAGGUUCAACAGAAGCAGCAGUUUAAACUGUGAGAAUUUCAGUAAUAAGAGGAGUUCCUCUGUUUGGUCACUGCCUCUUCUUUUGAGAAGCAAAUCAACCGGAUCAUCGUCUCAUGAUAUUGUUAAACAAACUCAAAAAAACCCGGGCUCCAAUAAUGGUAAGACCAUGAAUAACAAUAACAAUCAGAAUCUGAAAUUUUCUUCGACCUCCUGUCAGAAGCCUCCAUUGAAGAACAGUGGUUCAGGAGGUAGUGGAUCACAUGGUAAUGGUGUUAGAAAUUGUGCUUCUUUGAACGUUCCACCGCCGUAUAUUACUAAAGGUACAUCAGAUCUUUUGGGUUUUGGUUCUUUCUUUCGGAAUGGUUCUAGAGAAAAGAAGAGCAAGAAAUGAGCAGAGUUUUUUUUUUUUUUUUUUUUUUUUUUUUUUUUUUUUUUUUUUUUUUUUUUUUUCUUUUCUGAAUGUCAUUUCUUGUUUAUUGUACAGUAAGUACUGGUUAUAGUCUUUUUAUGUAAUCGCGGUGUUACUAAUCUUGUUCUUUUGUUAAAAACAGGAUUCUUCAAUACUGUAAUGUUAUAUAGGAUGUCCAUGAAGGGACAUUAGAUGAUAGUAUUAUAUUGUUGGGUUGAAUGGAACCAUUUGUUUAAGUUACAACGACAAAGGUUAGGGGAUUCUUCUCUCAAGAGUUGAGAGAACCCUAUUGCCUUAUUUAUUUUUACAUGAACAUGUAAUGAAACAUGUCAAGAAUCAUCAUCAAUAUUGAUUUGGCGAA